AUGAGUCUCCAGUUGUUUCGUCGUGUUCUCCUUACUUACAUCUCCCUCUUUAUCUCUCUCUUCCUCUCCCGUGUCACCUCCGUUGUCUCUAAUACCCAUGCCACAAUCUCCUCCUCUAUCACCUCCGUUGUCUCUAAUACCCGUGCCAUAGUCUCCUCCUCUAUCACCUCCGUUGUCUCUAGGACCCAUACCAUAGUCUUCUCCUCUAUCACCUCCGUUAUUUCUAAGACCCGUGCUACGAUCUCCUCUGGUGUCUCUAGGAUCCGUGCCACGAUCUUCUUUUCGAUCUCCUCUGUUGUCUCUAAUACCCGUGCCACAGCCUCCUCUUCUAUCUUUUCCAUCGCCAAGAGCGUAUCUUCAUUUCUGAAGUCCUCGUGGGCAUCUUGCAAACCAGUCUGUGCCAUACCCGCCUUAAUCGGCGCGGCUAUUGCAUCUUACGUCACCAGGAAGUUCGUCUCCGUUGGCUUUUCCACAUAUCUUUACUCGGCAGUGGAAGGCUUCCGUUCGGUUCAGUCCUUCCAGGAUACGAUGGAGCCAAAAGCAGACAGGCUGCUUCAAAUCCUUCGAGACCAGAAUGCAUCUAUCGAUGCUAAAGUAGAAAGUCUACUUGCUAUCAAAGCGGACAUCAAACAGAACAAUGUUCCCGAGAACGCAUUGCCGCCUUUGUUCGACGCAAUCAAGCUUGGAAUCAGUUCUCAUUACACCCGGUACUGCGGAGCCGCCUUCUCGACACUCGGCAAUCUCGUGAAGCGACUCUUCAGCCAGGAGCAACAGCGUCUCAUUGCUACUUUUGCCCGCAUCUUGAUUCCCAUCCUGCUCGAUCGCCUCGGUGAUCAGAAAGAGCGUAUUCGAACCCAUGCGUUCCACGCAUUUGUCGACAUUUGGCCCGCCUCACAACGGGAAGUCGAAGAUGCAGUUCUCGGCACUGCCCUGACGGGAAAAAACCCGCGUGCAAAACAAACCGCCAUUUCAUGGCUCUCGCAUAUGGCUAGAAACCACGGACUCGCGUUCCGAUGUUAUGUUCCGGACGUGGUCCGUUGUCUUGAAAACGCCGAUGUCUCCGUCCGCGACACGGCCAAAAAUGCGCUCGUCGAACUUUUCAUGGACGAAAACGACGAGUCGAAAACCUUUCUCAAGUCUGAGCUGGAGAAAAAUGCCAACGGCCUCCCCAGAAAGCCCAUCCGCGAUUGGAUUCUAGAGCAAAUCGGCCCCUUUAAGGAGAUCGCCCCGCCGGGUAUGGAGAGAGCCUUCAAGCAGCGGGAGGAGGCCGCCGGCAGGAAGGAUCAACGUCGUGCAGACGACGAAUUGCGGCUUGCCGCGUAUGAGAAUCGGCUUGUAACCAGGGAACUGAUGGCUGGGGCGACUCAGACGCAAGCCGAUAAGCUCAAACACAGGCUGCAUAUCGGCGAGAGCUCGAACACCGACCAGACGACCCUUGUACCCCGGCGCCAGGACCCUCCACGAUCGAAGACACCGCUUGCCGAAAAUGCGCAGCAGCUUCAGCGGUCCGCUCAUACCGUCCCUUCCCAGGAUGAAGCUGAAGUUGCCCCGCUCAUCAUCCGGUCGUCUCGACAGUUGGAGGAUAUUUUUAAUGCGAUGACUCCCGAUUUCGACGGUCGCGAGACGGAGAAAAACUGGGAGAAGCGCGAGAAUCAUGUGAUCGUUCUUCGACAGGUUGUCAUCGGUAAUGCACCGGGAGACUACUCUCAAACCUUCUAUCCGGGUAUCAAGGCGCAGCUUGACAAUGUCUUUAAGGCUGUGCUGUCUCUUCGCACCACUUUGUCCUCGCAUGGAUGCUACUUCGUCAUCGAUAUGGCCCGCUGGCUUGGACCCGGUAUUGACGGAAUGGUGGAGAUCAUUGUCCAGAAUUUGUUCAAGGUCUGUGUCCUGUCGAAGAAGAUCACAGCCCAAAAUGGAAACAAGGCUAUGAUCGCCGUCGUUGCCAAUGUUUCAUACAACCCCCGUCUUUUGAGCCACGUUCAGAGUGCGACCACCGAUAAGAGCGUGCAGCUCCGCCAGUUUGCCGCAGAAUGGCUGCGGACAAUCGUCAACCGGCACACAUCAAUCAGGGCCGCCAUAGAACAUGGAAAUAGCUUGAACCUGAUUGCCACGUGCAUCAAGAAGGGUCUAGCUGAUGCUAAUCCGGACGUGAGGAACGAAAUGCGCCAUACUUACUGGGACUUCUACGUGGCCUGGCCCGCUACCGCGAAUACAAUUGCGUCCGAUUUGGACAGCAAAACGAGGCUUCUCUUAGAAAAGGACCCACACAAACCCAAGGAGCAGCAGCUAGGCAACCCGCCAGCAGAAGAGAGCUCGGCCCCGGCGCCAGCUCCAGCGCCACCCGGAAAAAGCCGCUCCGCGCUCAAGUCCGCAAUUGCGGCCCAUAGGCGAGCACAUCAACUCAAGGUCAAACUUGAUGAAGGACCCCUUGCUGUCGCAGGCCCAUCAACCCUGCAUUCAGCGCCCAUGAGGCCUAGAUUUCGGCGCCCCGAGGGGGCCGCACCCGAGGGGGAUCGUGAUGUCGAUCCAUCUUCGAGUGACAUUUGGAUGGGUCUCGCCAAAUCAGAGCCCUUAAAACCCAAGUAUUUGAAAGUCCACCGAAGGGCAAAGCCUGUCACCGAUCAGGAACCUACCGAGGGCCAUCUUGAUCAGCCGAGUGACAGUGUUCCCUGGGUGGAAGAAAUUCGCGGAAUGCAGCCCACAAGGGGCCCCGACGGUGGCCCACAUCCGGUUGAAGUGAAGAGAGAAGAGCCGCCGAAACAGCCUCCGUCACCAGUAUCGCCGCUACCGCCGCCGCAGCCUUCGCCAAAACCGGAGACUCGAGCCCCAGAAAUCUUGCCCACGCCCAAGAGUCCCGAACCCAGCACUCGACCCAGUACGGGAACCGGCCCGGCGCAAUCAGAGCGUCCAGAGUACACAGAGGGCCCAGUCCCCACGCAACUCAUAAUAGACCCCAAUCCACGACAAUUACCCCCGGGGGAAAAGUUACGUUGGCCAGUGUUGGUAAACCCCCGUCACGCGCCAGUCUACCAGCCCACUCCGGAGGAAGAUUUACAAUUUGCAGGGGCAUUGUUGGAACGUUCAGAAGAGAAGUCGAACCGGCGUGCCCCAGUAAGCUUCUCCCCCGCAUCCCAAGACCCCAACAGCUCGCAGCAAUUGCUCGAUAGGGGCAUCCAACUAAUCCGUAGCAACAGGAUGGAUCCCCAUGGAUUCAGACGGCUGCGGAGAGUGCUGGAGUCCGGCGGCGAAACAGAGAUCUCACCAGAGCAACACCAUGAGCUAGUGUUGGCUCUAUUGAACACUUUGGAGCGCGGUCACCCAACAGUCAAGGGCACCAGCGAAACCGCUCUACUCCCCGUGCUUGAUGUUUUCGAACAGACGAUCAAAGGAAAAGAAAAAGAAAACAACAAAAAUCGGUUCACUCCGCAAUUAUAUUAUCUUACCAUUGUAUCCUUUAUGGAAACGAGAGGUCGUUAUGAUGCGUCGUGUUAUUUUUCCGUGAGGCUCGAUGAGGUUGCAACACGAAUCGUCCAUGCCGAGUUGGUCGAGGGUACAUGUAACUCAGUCGUAGCUAUUUUGGACACUAUUUCUAAUGAAAAAGUUCAAACAAACAACAAUAUCAUGACUAUGAGCCUAUCACUAUUGGUAGUUGCUCUCCGCCAUCAGAAUGCAUCUGGCUUAUGCUUCGCGGAAGACAUCGUGAAAAGGAUCGGAUCGCUUGCUGCUGAGCAGCUAGAGGGGGUACAUGCCGAGGCACGCCGUCUAGUUGUUCAGGUUUGUAUCCAUUUACACGCGAUGGUCAAGGAGGAAAGGUUUUGGGAGCUGUUAGGGACCCCUUCCACGGGGUCCCGCAAUCUACUGGCAUACUAUCUGGCUAGAGGUUGA